AGAGACCGAGAGAGAUCUAUAGAGAGAGCCGAGAGAGACAAAACGAGAGCAAAGGGGGAACAUCGAUCGACACCUCGGCCGCUCGCGAGCCCGGCCAGACGAUCCCACCGCCUGACCAACGAACCGUCGCCGCCACACUACAGGGCUUCAAACGUAAUAUUCUCAAAUAGACAUCACCAAGAUUUGGCAGACCUUACCAUAAAUACGGAGGCAGGGAUGGUGCAGGGGAAUCACCAUGUCUACGUGUAUAACAAGAUCGGUGGCGGGAGUUUCGGAGAAGUGUUUGAAGGAAAUUACAAAGACAGGGAUGUUGCAGUCAAGUUUGUACAGGGCGCUGUAGCGGGUCGACCCAUGUUUCGGCAAGAGGUGUCCAUUUGGCGCAGUCUGCACCACCAUAACAUUGCUAAGUUCAUAGGAUCUACAUGUGAUAUGUCGCGUAUCAUAUUUAGAGGGCAAAGGCCGAGAAAUGUAAAUGUAUGUUGUAUGGUCUCUGAGUAUUAUCCAAGAGGUAGCGUGCCUGCUUUUUACCUUUCGGGGAACCGGACUCUCACCAGGGCCGUCAUCAGAAGUAUAGCACUCGAUGUAGCAAGAGGGUUGAGAUACCUUCAUGAUGAAAAGGGAAUCAUCCAUGGAGAUGUGAAGCCAUCCAACUUGCUCGUGGAUUCGAAUGGUACCGUGAAAAUUGCUGAUUUCGGCAUAUCUCAUUGGGCAGAUGGUUACGAUUCGUCCCAAGUCGGCGGCGGGGACAUCCAUUACAGGGCCCCCGAGGUAUCCCCUUAAAUGCAAUUCACUUCAAUGAGAGUUCGUGCCUUAAUGUGCUUGAUAAGUGUUUCGUGUCCGAUAUAAGGUCAUCAGGAACGGGACGUCCGGCACGAAAGCAGAUGUCUACAGCUUCGGGAUCACCUUGUGGGCGAUUUGCCACAACCAGAGGCCGUACCCACGCAUGACGCCUCAGCAAAUCUCUCAAGCGGUUCUCCUGCAGAACGCGAGGCCGCAUAUAUCGGAAAAUUGCCCGAGACGAUUUGCGAGCUUGAUGACGCGGUGUUGGCAGGCAAACCCGGAAAACAGACCAAGUAUGAAUGCCGUGGUGAACGAGCUAAAUUCCAUGAGGAUGCUGCCCAGAUAGUCCACGAGGAACAGAAACAUGUUCGAUGAAUGGGUAUAGCUGUAUAUUGAGGGCAUAUCUCUACCUCCAGUUCACAUUGUCGGGGGGCGGAACUUUUGACGGUCAAGGGAAAACGGCUUAGACAAAGAAUGACUGCGGCAAAAAGAUGGAUUGCAAGAACCUUCCUAUAAACAUAAGGUUCAACUUUGUCACCAAUGGCAUAGUCAAGGACAUAACUUCCCUUGACAUCAAACAGUUCCAUGUGAAUGUUUUCGGCUGCAAAAAUUUCACGUCCAAACAUGUUACCAUCACCGCGCCCGGAGA